UCUUCCUUAGGUUUGUCAAUGGGCGACGAGCAAGGGCGACAACCCAUCGGCAUCGUCCUCACCGUACUGGGAGUCGUGGUGUUGGACUUCUGUGCGGAUGCCAACGAGGCACCAAUCAGAGCGUAUUUGCUGGACGUGGCAGACGCAGAGGAGCAGGACAUGGCGAUCAACAUCCAUGCAGCCUCAGCAGGUCUCGGUGGUGCACUGGGCUACGCUUUGGGAGGUCUGGACUGGACACACACGUUCCUCGGACAAGCCUUCCAAUCCCAGGAGCAGAUCCUGUUCUUCUUCGCCGCUGUCCUGUUCAGCGUGUCUGUCGUGUUACAUCUCUUCAGCAUAGAGGAACAGCAGUACUCACCGCAAAACGACAGAAUCGACCAGGUACUUUAUGUCUGCUGAUAUUUAGAUCCAACCCA